AUGGCGGACACUGGGGAGAAUCCUUUCGUCAUUGGUCACAGGGAGGAGAUGGCUGCGCCGCCUGAUGCGGCAGCAGAACAACAACAACAACAACAACAACAAAUCCAGCAGCAGCAUCAGCAGGAUGGUGACGACGCGGCAGAGGCCCAGGAGGAUGUUGCGGGUCUCAUUCCGUUGUGCGUGCGCCACGCGGAGGGGCCGCAGAUCAACAGCGCCGUCUUUGGGUACGACAUUGCGCAGAUGCAAAAGCGUCCAUGGGACGACCCCGCGGCCAACCUCAAGGAUUACUUCAACUACGGCUUCAACGAGACCAGCUGGCGGCUCUACUGUUCGAUGCAGGCGGAGGGUGAGGCCUCGCUGCUGGCGCGGGCCAACACAUUCCUCGCGCAACUGAAGGGUGGCAGCACAGAGGAGCCCAUUGGGAAUGACAAUGCUCCUUACUGCAUGCAGACGCAAGGCUCUUCGCAAGCGUAUUAUGGGAGGCCGCAGGACAGUUUCCGCAAAACAAGGCUCUGUCAGCGUUUCCUUGAUGGGCGCUGUGUGAAGGGUGAACACUGCAGCUACGCCCACGGGCAGGAGGAAUUACGAGGCGGCGCUCACCAGCAUCAGCGACCGCAGCAGCAACAGCACCACCUUCAGCACCAGCAGCACCUUCAGCAUCAUCACCACCACCACCACCACCACCAGCAGCAUCAGCACCCGCAGUCUACUUCGUACAUACUUCCGCCAUUUAGUGUCGACCAGGGUGUGUUGCCACCGAUGAGUCCGCCACCAACGGGUGUUCUUGACCCUAACGGCGCCGGCGGCUACCGCAUGAUGCCGAAGCGGCAGCGGUCCCCCGACAAGAGGGAGGAUCAGGCGUACUAA